AUGUUGGCACCAGGAGGCGGAGCUGAAGUAUUACCAGUUGGACUGUUCUCUGAUAACCCCGCUGCUAAUUCUGCCUGGUUUGUCAACAACGGAAUUACUUCGAAUCUUUCCGACUCUGCUGCAAAGUCAUAUGUAUAUCCUAUUGAUCAGCAGCAGCAGCAGCAGCAUCAGGCCCCGUCCUCGUCUUCCUCACCGUCACCGUCCUCUCAUUCAUCGCCCUCUCCUUUCGACUUUGAUUUUAAUAGUCAAUCUCCUUCCAUUCAUGAAUCCGAGCCGAACGCACAGUCUCCGACAGCUCUGAGCGUGCAUAUCAAUUCUGGUCUCAUUAAUCCCCAGAAUCGCCUAACUCCUCACCAGCUCAAUGCUAUAGGAGCAGGAGCAGCUAUGGGCUCUUCAAGUCUCAACGCUCCCUCUCCUCUCGGUCUUCCUGUCUAUUCGAGAUCAGGCUUUGACCUCUUGUCUGUUCUGGCCCGAGUAGCUGCUCGGCCAGACCCCAAAAUUGCAUUAGGCCCGGUGGACUUUUCAUCCAGCUUCGUCGUCAUAGACGUUCGGCGCUACGAUAAUCCCAUCAUCUAUUGUUCACGUUCGUUCUGCCGGCUGACGGGAUACGAAGAACACGAAGUCAUCGGUAAAAACUGCCGGUUCCUCCAAAGUCCGAACGGUGUUCAACCCAAGGGCGAAUAUCGGCGGUUCACUUCUAACGAGGCUGUAUUGUAUCUAAAAAAGCAUUUGGUGGCAGAUAAGGAAUGUCAGACGAGCAUCAUCAACUAUCGAAAAAGUGGAGAUGCAUUCAUUAACCUCGUCACCGUCAUUCCUAUCAAAGGCGGCGACAUUAGUUCUCCACACGAAGACGACAAGGUUAUCUACCACGUUGGAUUCCAGGUAGAUUUGACCGAACAGCCAAAUGCGAUCUUGGAAAAGUUAAAGGACGGAAGCUACAUCGCUAACUUUGCGGCGAACAAUCCUCUCACCAUCAAUCCACCUUCCAUAUCCUUCCAGGGUGGAGGCAGUUUGGGUUCUGGGGCAAUGCAUUCAUUGAUGUCCAGGGACAGAAGGAUGCAAAGUAUUUCUGCUCCAAUGAUGACUUCAGAGUUCAAAGCCAUGAUCGAGGAUCCGCUUUUUAUGUCAAACCAUCCCAUAUCUAUGGGAGCCAAUGCCGAUUCUCUUCCUUCAUCUUCUGUCAUAUCUUCCAACAUUGGAUCGAUCAAUGGUGACAAUAGCGAUCUGGUCAAUGUAGGGUCGCCAGGCAACCAUCCUUUUUCUUUGCUUUUGCUCGAAUACGCACCCGAUUUCAUCCACGUUGUGUCUUUGAAAGGCACGUUUCUCUACGUCGGCCCUUCGGUGCGUAGGGUCUUGGGCUAUGAGCCGGAAGAGCUUGUAGGCAAAGCUUUAUCGGACAUUUGUCAUCCAGCCGACGUCCAACCUCUCACGCGCGAACUUAAAGAGUCUUCUGCUACAGGCUCCACAGCGCCUGGCAGCGGCACCUCGCCGCCGGGAGAAGAUGCCUUGACUUCACGGCAGUCACAUCCUGUCAAACCUCGUGCGGUGAAUCUGCUCUUCCGUGCGCGCACGAAGAGUGAUCAGUACGUCUGGGUCGAAUGUCGAGGUCGGUUGCAUGUUGAGCCAGGAAAGGGAAGAAAAGCAAUCAUGUUGAGUGGGAGAGCGAAAGAAAUGUCGAUGCUGCUAUGGUCUGCUAUUGCCUCCGCGGGCGGUAUUUCCCAUCCGCAAACAGUAGCCAAGUCACUGUCGGGAGAGGAUGGAAAGACCAGGCUGGUGACCGUAGAUAUAUCAACAGAAUUCUGGGGAACCAUUACCCGUACCGGGUCCUUGCUUAUUGUGAGCAAAGGUGUCAAGGACACACUUGGAUGGGAUGAAACAGAGCUCAUGGGUAAGCAGGUCUGGAGUUAUCUACUUGAUGAAGAGGCCCGGCGAAACGUUGGUAAGGAACUAGCCAAUAUAGGAUGUGCGAUGGGCACGAUGGACGCCCCAGGAUCAUUACCCCGAAAGAUCUUCUGUAGGAUGACACGCCAGGAUGGAUCUGCAGCCGAAGUCGAAUUGAUAUUAUACCCAUCGGCUAUUGACUCCUCGAUUUUGCAUUCCUCUCAAGCGAUAUCCCCUGCGCCUAUCAUCUAUCAAAUCAGGUUGUAUGACCGCGCCACUUCCUCGACUGGAAUUAGGUCGUCGGAAGCUGCAAUAAUGCACCCGCUUAGGGAAAAUGUCUUUAAAAUUCUCGAAAUUAGUAGAGAAUCGAGUUGGCAGUACGAGUUGCAGCAGAUGCGGUAUAUGAAUGAACGGUUGCGAGAGGAAAUUAUGUCUCUUGAGGGUGAUGAAAUUGAACACUCGCAUGCUCAUUCUACUUCUUCGACCUUGUCGCAGCCUUCGGCUCCUGCAUCUCAUGGACUUGUACACGUAAAUCCUUCUGUCGGAACGAUGUCUUCGCGCAUGAGCACGAUGUUGCCCAGUACUGGGUACGAUCGUCAUGCCCAUCAAGGGAUUGGAUCGGCAUCUUUUAAUGCUCCGCACAUAAUGUAUCCUACGUCUGGCCAAUAUACUGCACACACGCAGUACCCUCAGCAUGUUCAACACGCUCAACAUACCCAACCUCAGGCUUGGCCUCCUCCAACUUCUAAUGUUUCCUCAACGACAGCUAUUUCUAUGCCAAUGCCUUUCAUGUCUCCUCCGCUUAACAAUACAGGGUAUGAUGUCUCGAAUACUGUUUCUUCAUCUCUAAAAAGACACUGGAAUACCACUGACCGCAACGGGAAUGGUACCUAA